CCAAAAUAAGCCACCGCUCCUCCAUUGUGGCCCAACUUCUUACACUACAUACCACAUUCAGACAGACUAAAAGAUAACCUGUCUUUAAUUUCUUAAAUGAUUUCCCAUAUACAUACAUUUUUUGAGAAAGUUAUCAUGUACCCUGCAAUGAGGAUUGCCGGGGAAGGCCCUUAUGGCUGGAGACCCAAAAUCGAUUCCAUUAAGAAGCGUUGGACCGCUCUAGUCCAGAAAAUGAAAACAUUGGCAAAAUCGACAUGGACGACAAUUUGUCGCGUUGGGCAAGAAGAUCCACGUCGGGUCUUUCACUCAUUGAAAGUAGGGUUUUCCUUGACAUUGGUUUCCUUGUUCUAUUUGCUGGAGCCACUGUUCAAAGAUAUCGGACAGAACGCCAUCUGGGCCGUCAUGACCGUAGUCGUCGUGCUGGAGUUCACUGCUGGUGCAACAUUAUGCAAAGGCUUAAAUAGAGGGAUUGGGACAUUGUUAGCAGGAUCACUGGCUUUUUUCAUACAGUAUAUUGCUCAAGAAUCCGGGCAGAUAUUCCGCGCUAUCUUCAUUGGGACUGCAGUUUUCGUUAUCGGAGCCGCAGCAACGUACAUGAGAUUUUUCCCUUACAUAAAGAAAAAUUACGACUAUGGAGUUGUGAUAUUCCUCCUUACCUUCAACUUGAUCACUGUAUCGAGCUAUCGGAUUCAUAACGUGCUUAAACUAGCGCACGACCGCUUUUAUAUGAUAGCAAUAGGGUGUGGGAUCUGUCUACUCAUGAGCCUCAUCGUCUUCCCCAACUGGUCGGGCCAAGACCUCCACAAUUCUACUGUCUCUAAGCUUGAGGGAUUGGCAUAUUCCAUUGAAGCUUGUGUUAAUGAAUAUUUCAGCAAUGAAGAUCCAAAUGCAUCCAAAGAUAAAUCAUCAGAGGAUCCUAUCUACAAGGGCUAUAAGGCUGUUCUGGACUCAAAAUCAACUGAUGAGACUUUGGCAAUGCAUGCAAGCUGGGAGCCAUGCCAUUCAAGGCACUGUUACAGGUUUCCGUGGCAGCAGUAUGUGAAGCUGGGAGACGUCCUCCGCCAUUUCGGCUACACCGUCGUAGCUCUCCAUGGAUGUCUUCAAACUGAAAUCCAGACCCCACGAUCUGUUCGAGCUCUUUUCAAAGAUCCAUGCAUCCGAGUUGCUGGAGAAGUAUCAAAAGCACUGCUGGAACUGGCUGACAGCAUUAGGAAACACCGGCAGUGCUCACCUGAGAUCCUCUCCGACCACCUCCACGAAGCCCUACAAGACCUGGACACCGCCCUGAAAUCCCAGCCGAGGCUCUUUCUAGGCCCCAACGCCCAUGCCUCCACCAACAUGUUAGCCUUUGCAGCAGCCACAGCGAGGCAGAAGUCCUCAAAAGACUUGGGAGUCUCUCUCUCGAGUGUCAAAACCGACUCGUCGGCAUUGCUUCAGUGGAAGUCCAGAAGGGCUGCUGCCAGUUCUGGCGAACAGGUGGCUGAGAGAAAGGUGUUGAGGCCAACCUUAAGCAAGAUGGCCAUCACCAGCCUUGAGUUCUCCGAAGCGCUUCCAUUUGCCGCCUUUGCCUCGUUGCUCGUGGAGGCUGUGGCGAGGCUUGAUCUUGUGAUCGACGAGGUGGAAGAGCUUGGAAGAGUGGCUAACUUCAGGGAGUUCAGCGCAGUGGAUGCUCAAGAGGCUGCAACUUGUCAGAAGCCUGAAAGGGGAAAUGGUGCGCCAUUGGAGAACCAUUUGCCUUCCCAUGGAGCAGAUUGAUGUCUAUGUAGAGUUCAAAGGCAGUACUUUCAGAUAGGUUAAUGUAUUGAGUCAUUCUUAGUUUUAAUUUACAUAUCGGAGAUGUAUGCAUUUUGGUGGCUAUGCCAAGUGAUAUAGGGACUGGAUUUUAUAUCAAAAAGUGAUCAAUAUUUUUACACAAGAAAGAUGAAUUGUCUGUCCUUUCGUCAAAGUUUGUCUCACCUGAUACCGAAAAUUUGUAUUUUACCUUCCAUAAGUUAGUUUCUUUAUAUUUUAAUCC